AUGAGCGCCACGGCCGACUACUUCACCACUCUUCCCACCAACCUCAAGCUUGAUAUUAUCAACGCUCGCCUCGAUGCCGCCAAGGCCGCUCACCCCAUCAUCCCGAAGGCUGGGGAAAACUUCACUGAGGUCGACGUCGCUGCCUCCCAGAAGGAACUCGCCAAGGUCGUUGCAGAGCGCGAUGCACUUGUCAACGAAGUCCUUGCCGAGGCCGACAACUUCCUCGGCCUCAACUUCGGAUCCAUCGCGAAGACCAUCGGCAAAGUUGCAGGUGAUAUUGCUGGCGCCGCCGGCAAGGCCAUCUCCAUCGCCGACAAGAUUGGACCCAUCGUCCAGAAAGUCGGUCAGGCGAAGGGUAUCCUCGAAGGCAUCACUGGCGCUCUGGCCCAAUCUAGCAAUCUCGUUGAGGACGAGCAGCAGACGAAGGAGAUUCUGGCUACCGCACAGAAGGCCGAGGACCUCAAGGCAGCUCUGGCUCGCGUUGAAGGUAGCCUCAAGGUUCUCGACGAGCACAAAGCGGCAUUGACCGCUGAAUCCUUCACUGACACCGAGCCGGAAGCAGAGAACUUCCUCCCUGCCAUCUUUGGCGCCGUUACGACUGCCAUUGACAUCGUCAAGCAGUUCAUUUAG